GUAUCUCUUAACGCGUCGACCAUCAAUCACUUUGACUUCAACUUCAACAUCUUAAACCACAUCGCAUCACCAAAUCCUUCAGUAUGGCUAGUGAUGCGCCUGAAAAGCCAGAGCAGACCCCUCCUGCGCCAGAGGCUCCUGCUGAUGAAGCGACCGCUCCAGCGAUCUCCGAUCCUCGAUUACCAACUCACAAGGAUGUCUCUCUACGAGAGUUCUUGAACAAGAUGGACGACUAUGCGCCAAUUAUUCCCGACGCAGUCACACACUACUACAUGACCAAAGCCGGUCUUCCACCACCUCCCCAGACCGAUCCACGCCUCGCGCGACUCCUCGCCCUGGCAACCCAAAAGUUCAUCGCGGACAUCGCCGCAGAUGCAUACCAGUACAGCAGAAUCCGCGCAUCGUCAAAUACCAACAAUCCCAUGGGCUCUCUCGGCGCAGCUGCUGGAUUCCCUAUACCCGGCCAGCCAACUGGACAGCCAGGAAGUAAGGACCAGGCCAAGGGCGCACCGCUGGGUAUCCAGCGACCAGGCUACGGAGGCGGUGGACAAGGCGGGAGCCAGAACAGGACUGUUCUGACCAUGGAGGAUCUUGGUAUGGCUGUUGGAGAGUACGGUGUCAACGUCAAGCGUAGCGAGUUCUACCGCUGAGUACGUAUUUGGUUACAUGACUGCAAGGCGUUACGGUUCGGCGUUCACGGAAGGAUAUGGAUCCGUACAUGAUAUCAACAUGAAAACCAGGAAACUCAUAGCUGGUUGCAAUAGAUCGCCUUCAUAUGC